CUCCCAAUAAAUUAAAGCACAUCUUAAAAAAGAUAACGAAGUAGCAACUUUGCAUCAUCUCUCUCUAUCUCUCUCCCUCUCAUUCUGAAAUAGUUGAAGUAGAGAAGUUAAUGUUCACCAAACUUACUGUAAAGUCUGAAACUUUCUUCCUUCUCCUUCUUUGCUUCAUUCAAAUUAAACUUUCAAGAACCAGAGGAGUUGUCUCAGAUCUAGUGAGAUAGAUUACAAUUUUUUCACCAAUUGAAGGAUAAAAUGAGUAAAGAGGAGUUUAUGAAGAUCCAGACGUGUGUUCUCAAGGUAAACAUUCACUGUGAUGGUUGUAAGCAGAAAGUGAAGAAAAUCUUGCAGAAAAUUGAAGGUGUUUUCACGACUAAAAUAGACGCAGAGCAAGGGAAAGUGACGGUAUCUGGAAACGUAGACCCUUCAGUUCUUAUCAAGAAGCUCUUGAAAUCUGGUAAACAUGCCGAAAUAUGGGGAGCUCCAAAAGGAAAUAACACCAAUCAGAACCAACCAAACUUGGCCAAUCAGUUCAAAGGCAUGCAGAUUGACCACGGCGGCAAAGGCGGAGGCGGUAACGGCGGUGGAAACAAUAACAAAGGUCAGAAAGGAGGCGGUGGUGGAGGAGGCGGAGGAGGUGGUGGCGGUGGUGGUAGCGGCGGCGGCGGUGGGCCACCGAAGAUGGUGCUUCCACAGUUAACUCCACAACAGAUGCAGCAGCUGAAUCCCCAGCAGCUUCAGCAGCUUCAACAGCUUCAGCAGAUGAAAGGGUUUCAAGACUUGAAGCUUCCUCCUCAGUUAAAAGGUCCAGGCCCUGGCUCUGUUCCUGUGAACAAGAACCCUCCUAAUCAGAAGGCUGUGAAGUUCGAUGUUCCUGAUGAUGACGAUGAAGACGAUUUCAGUGACGACGAAUUCGAUGAUGAUGAGUUUGAUGAUGACGAGUUUGACGAUGAUUUGGAGGAUGAUGAGUUUGACGACCACCCUCCUCCGCCUAACAAGAUGAAGCCGAUGAUGGGUGGUGGUGGUGGUGGUAACAUGAUGAUGCCUAACAACAUGAUGCCUAACAUGAUGAUGCCAAACGCUCAACAGAUGUUAAACGCUCAGAAAAACGGCGGUGGUCCUGGACCCGCCGGUGGUAAAAUCGUGGGUAAAGGAGGUCCCGGUGGUGCUCCUUUUCCCGGUCAAAUGCCUGGCGGCGGCGGAGGCAACGGUGGUAAGAAGGGAGGUCCCGGCGGAGGCGGUGGUGGUAAUGUAGGGAAUCCAAACCAAGGCGGAGGCAAGAACGCCGGCAAAGGCGGUGGUGGUGGUGGUGGACAUCCGCUAGACGGGAAAAAUGGAGGAGGAGGUGGUGGUGGUCCUAAAGGAGGUGGCGGAGGUCAGAUGAUCGGAGGUCCCAACGGAGGCAAAAAGGGUGGCGGCGGCGGAGGAGGAGGAGGACCCAUGAGUGGUGGACUCCCACCGGGUUUCCGUCCAAUGGGAGGCGGCAAUGGUGGUGGACCUCCGACCAUGAGUAUGCCAAUGGGUGGGCAAAUGGGUAAUUUACCACCAAUGGGUGGUGGUGGUCCUGGUCCAAUGAGUAAUAAUAUGCAGGCGGUUCAAGGAUUACCCGCAAUGGGACCAGGCGGUGGCGGUGGCGGUGGCCCAUCCGCCGGAGCACCGCCAGGAUAUUUUCAAGGCCCUGGAAACGGCGGAGGCGGACAAGAUUCAAUGCCGCCGGGAAAUGCUUACUUGCAACAGCAGCAACAACAACAAUACUUAGCUGCGGUUAUGAACCAGCAACGAGCUAUGGGGAACGAGCGGUUCCAGCCAAUGAUGUACGCUAGACCACCGCCAGCUGUCAAUUACAUGCCACCUCAACCGCCGCACCAACAACAUCCAUACCCGUAUCCGUAUCCAUACCCGUAUCCGCCACACGGUGGUGAUCAGUAUUCUGAUUACUUUAGUGAUGAGAACACAUCAAGCUGCAAUAUCAUGUGAGCAAAACCCAAGAAAGAAACGUAAACAACAACAAAACUUUCCCAUAGUUUGUUUAUCCUUCCGGUCUGUGAUUAUACAUGGAAAUGGGGUUUUUUUUUUUUUUUUCCUUGUUAAUUAUUGGGGGUUCUUAGAAUCCUUCUUUUUUUUCCUCCAACGGAUCGAAUCCUAAGUUAUAUUAGGGUUUUUUUAAUUAAUUUGUGAUAGUUCUUAAGUAAUUUAUAGAAUCAUAAUAUAAAAUCAAACGAAUAUUUUAUAUUGCACUUCUUGUUUUUUU